CAUGACAUUGGGGAAUCACUAAUGCUUGGGGGGGGUGGUGAAUCUUGGUGGUGCUGCAGCACAAAACAUUCAGUGAAAUGAUGAAUGUGUGACAAAGUAAAAAAGUCUCUGGUACCGCCAGGAAUUCAUAUCUACAGGUCAAACCUUGUGUUUCUGCAGAAAUGACAGGACUAGAGCCACCUUAAAGGCCUUGUUAUACCCGGAAUUUCUUUAAUUGCAUGGGUUAUUAAAGCUGAGUCAAGUUCCAAAUGUAUGUAAGUGCCUUCAACAUUAAAAAAAAAAAAAAAAAGCAAAUAUCUCUUCUGAAGGGAACUGCAACUAUGCUUUUAACUACAGUGCAGUCGUUCUUGCAGUGGCACAGUUGUGAGAGCUGUCAUCAUCCUGAGGCAGGUGUUGGUGAGACUCCAGCUCUGCUUUUUCCUCUUCAAAAGUGCAGGGUGCCAUGCAAGGCAGUAAGUAUUUUUCCAAGUCUUAAAAGGGCUAGAGGUUUUUCCUUGUUACUCAAUUUUAUGGAAUUAGCUUUUGUCUGCAUAGAAUCAAAUGAAGUUAUUGGAACUUAGCUGAAAAAUGCUGUGCUGAACACUGCCUCUUUCCUGCUUGGAAAUUCUGCUAAGAGGUUUUAUGAGCUCUCUGCACAAAUCCUGUAGCAAAGUGGAAGCGGCAAAUAAUAAUUUAUCAUCUCAGUUCACCAAUUUAAGCUCUAAAGAAAGGUUUGAUGAUUAAGCUUGAAAUUUUUUUAUCACAAGAUUAAUCCUUAGUUUAGGGAGUAAUUCCAUUUAUAUCAGUAAGAUUACGCACGUGAGUAACCAGCUACAGAAUUUGGCUGUAGUACUCUGAUUGCCUAGGGGGAAGUACAAGCAACUCUGCAAUUAAAAUUGCAGAAAGGAAAGGAGGUCUGACCUUUUCUUUUUUUUUUUUUUUAAAGUAAAUAUAUGUCCCUACUGUUUCAUUGAUGAGUGACAAUGGCUUUUGCAUUCUGAUGUGGUACUAGCAGCAGCACAAAAUGGCUUUUCUUUAAAAAGAAAUACUAAAUGCUAAAGCUUCAUUGUGGAAGGUGGGAAGAGGAGGAUCUCUGAUGAGAGGUUUUAACUUCAAGGCACCUUAGGCUUUCUUUAUGUGCAUCACAUUAGUGGAAAAUUCCUUCAUUCAUUUAAGAAGAUAAACAGUUGUAACUUUCAGGUUUGGGUGAUGUGACAUCAGUGACUGGCUGGGACUGCCAGCAUUCCAAAAAGGAUAUCGUCCUCAUCUGCAGCCACUCAGGGCUGUGGGGUGGAGCCUGCAGCACAAGCUGAAACACUUACAGGUGCAUAAGUACGUAGGGAAGGGCACAGGUGAUGCACCUGUCUCAGGAAAGGAGCACUAGUACAGGUGUGUCAUAACUUACCAGCUGCCUGCGUUAGAGCAUGAGCUCCUUUGAUCCACAAACGCACUCUCCACCACGCUGCAGCCCACAAUUUCCGAAUAUUGGUCAAGAACCUCCAGAGAUGAGUGUCUACUAUGAGAACUUUUUCCAUCCACAGAACAUCCCUAGCCCCCAGCGACCGAGCACCUUUGAGACGACGGACUACAACGCCACCCCCAAUCCUUACCUCUGGCUAAAUGGACCUUCCAUUACCCCUCCACCAUAUCUCCCAGGAUCCAAUGCCAGUCCCUUCAUUCCUCAGUCUUACGGGAUGCAAAGGCAGCUCUUGCCUAACAUGCACGGCUUGGGAGGAACUGACCUUGGCUGGCUUCCUCUCCCAUCCCAAGAAGAGCUUAUGAAGUUGGUUAGACCACCUUACUCCUACUCUGCACUUAUUGCCAUGGCUAUCCAUGGAGCACCUGAAAAGAGGCUGACUCUCAGUCAGAUCUACCAGUACGUGGCUGACAACUUCCCAUUUUAUAACAAAAGCAAAGCUGGCUGGCAGAAUUCCAUACGGCACAACUUGUCCCUCAACGACUGCUUCAAGAAGGUGCCCCGAGAUGAAGAUGAUCCAGGAAAAGGGAAUUACUGGACUCUGGACCCAAACUGUGAAAAGAUGUUUGACAAUGGAAACUUUCGCAGGAAGAGGAAAAGGAAGUCUGACAUCGGGGCUACUGCUUCCACUCUUGCAUCUGAGAAAUCAGAUGAUAGUGCCCUGACUGGCAGCCCCAAAGCUGUAGAGCAUCAGGAUAUCUUGGAAAAUUCAUCCCCUGGGACUGACAGUUCACCUGAGAAAGGAUCUCCACCUCCAUCUUCUAACAGUCCAUGCCUCAGUAACUUCCUCUCCAGUAUGACUGCAUAUGUUAAUGGCUCUAACUCAGUGAGCCGCUCCGUGUCUUUGGGACUCAACUCUGAACCCAUUGACAAAAUGGGACAGAAUAUGGCAGGCUUUAAUUCCUACUCUCCACUCUCUAAUAUCCCCAGUCAUGGUGUGGGAGAGUGGUCCAAUUCUAUGCCUUCUAGCCACCUUGGCUACAGCAACUCUGUACUCAAUCAGUUUAACACUCAUUUUUACAGCAGUAUCAGCACAAAUAACACUCUGUAUUCCAGGGAAGGAACAGAGGUUUAAAUGAAGGAUUGUAAGACACCAAAGUAUACCUGUUUAUGAGAGGAAAUGAUCUGUGGGCACGUGAUUAGCAUUAGCCUGUUUUCUCUGGGACCCACACUGCAUCGUACCUUCUGACAGCCACAAACUUGAUACCUGUUAUUAAAAUCACAAACACUCCACAUUCAGCAGCUCCACAUAAAAAAAUCAGGAAUCGUAACAGCAAGAGUAGUGAAGAGUUCUCCUGAGACACUGUGCUUGUGUUGCUGCCAACCAUGGUCCUCUACAGACAUCCUUGAGAAGGUGCUGUUUGCCUUAGGCAUGAAGCUUUUUCUGGCAUGGUACUAAUAUAGCUAUGCUUUUAAAGCACUAAUAGAAAUGUGGUUCUAUCUCUAAAUAUCCUCUCUUGCUGAUAUAAGCUGCCUGUACUAGACAUGCUUAGCAAGUUCUUUUUUGGCCAAAGCUAUUCUGAGACACUGAAGGGGGUAUAAUAAAAACUACUGUAUAGUGAGUAGCUACCAACAUUUGAAUGGGGAGUGCUGUCUUUGGUUUUCUCUAAUACUAGUGCAUACAUUGCCUAAAUUUUUAUCCCCUUUCAGCCCCAAGGGAAAUAUGGCUAUGAGGCAAGCUGGCAUCAUCAUGGACUCAGCAGUCAUUUUGAAACUGACGGGAAGCAUAGCAAAAUAUAGUGGAAUUGUCUUCUGCUGGUACAGCCGGACCUUAAUGUUUUCAACUAUAAUUACAGGGUCAAAUUAUUUUUUUUUGCCUUACACAUGCAAAUCUAUUUACAUAAGGAAAAGAGGAUCUGUCCUGAAUAUAUAUGUAUUUAAUAUAUGUGUUUUCUCAAAAGAAUACACAUUUGUUCUAUCUUAACAUUAUACAUGAAUAAUUUCUACUGGGUAAAGAAUUUGAAUAUUGGAGGGGGUGAGAGGAGAAGAAAGGGGAGGUAGAAAGUUUAACUUUCUCAGUUUUGAUUCCAAAAGCUGGAGCUUUCAAAACAUCAAUGGCAGAUAUUGUAAAAAGUCCCUGUACUGUGGUGAGUUUUUUUAUAAUUUUGUAAAAGUCCAUGCUGUUUGUCCUUGUGUAAAUAUUAGAAAUAAUGGUUUUUUUUUCCUGUAGCCACAAAAUUUCAAAAUAUAUAUGAAGUUUUUUCAAAACAAGACUUGAAUCAAAUUUCACAUUUAUGUAGAGUAAUAUCUCAAACUGGAUAGCCUGCAGCAUACAUAGACGGCAAGUUUAACUGUUCACAUCUGAGCACUAACAGGACUUCUGGAAUGAUAGAAAACAUGUUGUAAUAGAUACCAUUUUGUCCUGAUUUUUUUUUUUUAACCUCUACAUGGCUGUAGUUUUGUUAUGGGCUACCCCAGAAGCAUUUUUAAUAAAGCAUUUGUAUAGAAGAGUGUGUACCUGUGUGCAUGUGUACUAUACUACUUAUGUCUUUAAAAGUCUCCUUAAUAGUUUGACUUGAGUAAUUUGCCUGAGGAAAGAGCAGUAUAAUAGUCAC